AUGGCUUCUUCCAUUGCCAUUACGGCCUCAUUGCAAAGAGCUUGCAGCCCACAUCAUGUCACCAAGAAGCAGCAGCCUCAAGCCAGGCCGGCACGCUCCAUGGGAACAAAGCAGGAGACUCAUGUCGCGGCUCUUGAGACAGAAGGCCCGAAGGGUUUAAACAUAGCUGAACAAGAAGCCAAGUUUGACUUCAACGCUGGUAGCAGUACUACUACUUCAAGGGAUGCCAAGGAUGAUGAUGAAGCAGGAAGUGGUUUCGACACUGAGCCUUCUGCUCCAAAAUUCAGUGAUGAGCGAUGGAAGAACGGGACAUGGGAUCUCAACAUGUUUGUUCGAGACGGGAAGAUGGAUUGGGAUGGUGUGAUUGUUGCAGAAGCAAGGAGGCGAAAGUUUCUUGAAAUGUAUCCAGAAUCAGCAACAAACCAAGAACCAGUGCUCUUCAGAAGCUCCAUCAUACCUUGGUGGGCAUGGAUGAUGAGAUCCCACCUCCAAGAAGCUGAGCUGAUUAAUGGGCGUGCUGCAAUGGUGGGGUUCUUCAUGGCAUACCUUGUGGAUGCCUUAACAGGGCUGGAUGUUGUAGGCCAAACAGGCAACUUGAUUUCCAAGGCAGGGCUGUUGGUGACUGUCAUGGGUGUGAUAUUCUUUAGGCGAGCCCAAGAUUUUGACAGCCUGAGGAAGCUAGCGGAUGAGGCGACGUUAUACGACAAGCAGUGGCAGUCGUCAUGGCAGGAUCAAGAUGCAGGAGAUGGGGAUUCUGGGAGAGGAGGGAAGAAAAUUUAG